CCUUUCCCCUGAACCUUAAGAGGGAGAGAGAUCCUCCUCUCUCUUCGGGCGUGUUAAGACAGCGGGGUUGGCCUGUACUUCCUCUGGCCCUGGCUGAAGAGGUGAGGCCUGGUGGGAGGUGUCCUAGGGUAGGACAAGCCGGUCAGGGGGUCAUUAUGAGGGUCUUGUCAGAGCGGGGAGGGCGGGGACAAGAGGGCGGGAGAAGACGGAUGAGGAGAGGAGCUAAGGGGGAGGAAAGGAACCUAUUGGCUGCUCCAUCCACACAGGGCUAGUGAAACCGUUAAACCCCGAGGCGAUCAUGGCCUUGAGACCUGAUGACCCCAGUAAUGGGUUCCGGCAUAGCAACGUGGUGGCCUUCAUCAACGAGAAAAUGGCCAGGCACACGGAAGGCCCCGAGUUCUAUCUUGAGAAUAUAUCCUUAUCCUGGGAGGAGGUGGAAGACAAGCUGAGGGCCAUACUGGAGGACAGCGAGGUGCCCAGUGAGGUCAAAGAGGCCUGCACCUGGGGCAGCCUGGCCUUGGGCGUGCGCUUUGCCCGCAGGCAGGCACAGCUACAAAGGCACAGGGUGCAGUGGCUGCACGGCUUCGCCAAACUGCACAAAUCAGCCGCACAGGCCUUGGCGUCAGACCUGAAGGAGCUCAGGGAGCAGCAGGAGACGGAACGCAAGGAGGCGGCCUCCCGGCUAAGAAUGGCCCAGACCACCCUCGUGGAGGUGCAGAAAGAGCGAGACAAGGAGCUGGUGUCUCCCCAUGAGUGGGAGCAGGGGGCAGGGUGGCCAGACCUGGCCACUGCCGGAAGGGUUUGCACAGAAGGAGCAGGUGAGGAGGAAGAAGAGGCGGCGGUGGCUGCUGCUGGUGCUGCUGGAGGAAAAGGAGCAGAAGAAGAGCAGAGGGAUGUGGAGGUUGUGGCUGCCCCUGUGGAGGCCAUGGCUCCCCCUGUGGAGGCUGGGGCUGCCCCCAUGGAGACCCAGUCCCCCCACGUGGAGGCCGGGGCUGCCUCCAUGGAGACCACAGAGGGGCUGGAGAGAAUCCUCCUGCAGCUCCUUGGAGAUGCUGAUCAGGAAAAUUACACCUAUUGGGGGCAGAAGGAGGGAGAUCUCAGGUCGGUCGAAACAGCCUCAUCUUAUUUCUCUGGAACCACGAACCCCUGGUCCAGAGCCUCACCAGAACCUCUUCCUGUCCAGCUCCCUGCCUCAUUCACAUACUCAUACUCAAGCCCUUUUUCCUCCUUCUCAGGCGUACCCACUAUAUCCCCUCCACAAGCAACAGUCACAGCACCAGUUCCGCCCCAGCUGCCUUCCGACUGGGGGGCCUUUGAUACUAGCCUGUGGUCUGAUGGGGGGCCCCACAGAAUAGACCCUCAGGAAUACCCAAGAGACAGGAGAUACUCUGAACCUCAUCAGCAAAGAAGACCUCCAGUAUAUCGCAGGCCAGGGGACUGGGACUGCCCUUGGUGUAACGCUGUGAAUUUUUCACGGAGGGAUACUUGCUUCGACUGUGGGAGGGGAAUCUGGCUGCAAAAACCUCACUGAGUGCAGAAAUGCAAAAUAGAACCGAAGCAUGCAUAUCUCGAUGGCGAAUUAAUUUUCAGAGGGCGGGCUUGUGGUGGCGGGGGCCGGGGUGGUAGGGGAAGAAGGCUGGGAAGAGUGGGGGAAGGAGGUGAGACAAUGGUACCUUUACGAAUAACUUCAGCGAUAGGGGUGGUGACUGGAGGAGGGGGAGGAAAGUAGGGGUUGUGAAAGAGGCGUAGAAGUGGAAUGGUGGCCAGGGGAGGUAUAGAUUGGGGUGGGGAGAGAGAGACACAGAGAGACAGACAUGUUGUGGUGACCCCCUUUGUAUUCCAGAGCACUAGCACUCAAUACCCCAGAAAUGCUGCAGCUUUUAUUUGUGUAUGUCUCGCUCUCUCUCUCUCUCCCUGCCCUAGUGUCUGGUAAAAAAGGCAACCAUGUAUAUAACACCCCACCCUCUACUCGCAUCUAGGCCUUAGAUGAUUGGAGCAGGAGUGGAUAUUUGACCCAUCCAGAGCCAAAUGGAUUUUCAUGCUAGACACUCUGAACAGAGAGGCCGAUUCUAUGAUGUUGAGCAAUGAAGCAGUAGGCCACUUGGAGUUGGUGCCAGGACCAAAGCCAUGGAUGCUGAGACCACUGCUGAUGCUUGGCCCUGGCUGUGGGGGAAUAGAACUGGGUGCUUUCCAGAGGCAAGUGUCUUUGGGAGUCACUGGUACGUGGUUCCAGGGAGCAGACAGGCACAGAGGAAUCAUCCUGUGACUCCAGAGAGAUGGAGAGAGCAGCAGCACAACCACUUUUCACUUCCUACAGUUGUGCUACGUGAAAAUCCCCUUUACACAGAACCUAUUUUCUUUAGCUAACUUGAGUGGGUGGACAGAUUUUUUUUUUAACUUUAAGUUCUGGGAUACAUGUGCAGAACGUGUAGGUUUGUUACAUAGGUAUACAUGUGCCAUGGUGGCUUGCUGUACCUAUCAACCCAUCAUCUAGGUUUUAAGCUCUGCAUGUGUUAGGUAUUUGUCCUAAUGCUCUCCCUCUCCUCACACCCCAUCCCCUGACAGGCCCCAGUGUGUGAUGUCCUCCUCCCUGUGUCUAUGUGUUCUCAUUUUUCACCUCACACUUAUGAGUGAGAAUAUGCAGUGUUUGGUUUUCCGUUCCUGUGUUUGCUGAGAAUGAGGGCUUCCAGCUUCAUCCAUGUCCCUGCAAAGAACAUGAACUCAUUCUUUUUAUGGCUGCAUAGUAUUCUAUGGUGUAUAUGUGCCACAUUUUCUUAAUCCAGUCUAUCAUUGUUGGACAUUUGGGUUGGUUCCAAGUCUUUGCUAUUGUGAAUAGUGCCGCAAUAAACAUACGUGUGCAUGUGUCUU